AUGUAUUCAAUUACCUUGAUCCUGCAAAAGUUUCUACAUGGAUAUCUCAAGCCCGUGAGCCCACCGGCUAAAUCCAUUCCAAACGAGGAAGGUGGGCAGCAAUCCCAAAACAGGAAGCCACGUCCCUGCUGUGUCUCGACACCCCUGCGCCCAUUCGAAGAUCUGCCUCCUACCUAUGAUCCCUCAACAUGGUGGUUAGAUGGCGAGAUUCCCGCCUCUCCCCAUUUCUGGGACGGAGAGAGAAUUCGUUCUCACGUGAAAGCCAUCAAGGGUGUCCUCUUUCAAUACACUUUGGAAGGAUGCAAACUCAUGUUGGAGAGAACAAACAAUCAGCCCCUCCUUUCCUCGAUUACCCAACACGAACUACUUUGGAAAGCAGCAAUCUCGGUCCACAAAUAUGGGGUUGUAUACCUAGCCUCUCGGUGGGAGUGCCGGGAAGAAUUCCUCCCAACGGUAGAAUCCAACCAUCACCUUUUCACAGAAAUCAACGCCUUCCUCUCCUGCAACGACAAUGUCAUUCGUGUUAUCAACUAUGGUGUCCAUCGACUGGUCAACAGUUCAACCUUCACCGUGGAUUACGAGACAAGACUCAUUCCUCCAACGGCCAUAUCAGCAAUUGGCGUAAGCCACAUUGCAGUCCGGGCACAGGAUUUUGAAGGAGACAGUGUCCGCAUGCUAGACAAUCCGUCUGCCAUCUGGGACCUCCAUGAUUUCGCCCAUCUUUCCGCUGCCUCAGUGUCCCCAAGUCUAUACGGCUCGAAAUACUUCACGCAUCUCGUCAAGCUCCCAUGCGAGCUGACAGCCUUGAUCCGCAGCCCGAAAAUGCGGACCGCAGACCCUAAUCCUCGGUAUUCGGAUGGACUGGUCUUCAGCGAGCUUCUUACUGUCCUCUUCACGGCUGAGAUAGAGGCGGUGGAAAGGACGGAGAAGGUGCAUACUUACGUAUCCCUCACCAAUACUUUGGCCGAGUAUGUUGCAGAUUAUCUCAUGGGGACACGUGAGCUGCAGCAUCUGACCACGGGUAAAAUGCUGAGGGUUAAAAAUCCGAUACGCGCUGUUGAGUUGGCGACUCUAGUGCAGAACAAGGCUUAUGAACUGACGGCCAGCGAGAUUGAACAGCGGGUACUUACGAGGGGGGGUCCUGCUGGAGACUCUAGGGAUGAGCUGGACAACUUGUCUGCGUUUGAGAGAAUCAAAUUCCUUGCGGGUUGUCGGAUAUGGUUAUAUUUUGAAAUGAGAAAUACCAUCAAGCACCGCGCCCACAGACUGGCUUACCAGAAAGUGGCUGAGCGCAUGCUUGCACCGGAAACUGGGGUCUCUGUCACAAGCAAUGAUUAUUUGCUGCUGAAGGGAGUCCUAAAAAGCAUUCGUUAUGAAGAUUGGGAAAGCGACGGAGGGGUAAAUCUUUGGCAGAUGAUCAAAGACCUUGAAGCUGGUGUUGAUACGCACUGCUAG